UUAUUGUUGGAACGCUUCUGAUAGUGGCAUGCUGCUUGAUGCUGCAUGUUUUCCCCAGACUCGCAAACACCUUACGUUUGGUUCCGCAUUUGCACUGGAUUGUGGUUGAAGAUGGAAACGAAACAGUCCCUUAUGUUGGAAAAAUUCUCGAACGAUCCACCCUACCUUUCACCUACUUUGCUGCACAAACUCCAGCGGAUCAUCCAG